UUGAAGUCGACGGAUGAACCCGAUGGGCUACCCUGUGCAUUAUGAGAUCAUAGGCGAUACAAAUAUAAAGUUAGUGGGCUUUAUAGUAGUAGCAUGAUAACUCGCUGAUUUUAAAGUGGACUUCGCGUCAGGAAAUGCCUUUGUUAAUUCAGAAUAGAGGACUUGACCGCUUAAGCUCGACAGCGGAACUGUUCGACAAAAACCCACAUUUACAGGAAAAUGCAAGAACAUUUCGCUCCAAGCCACUUGUUGAUGUCGAUCCAAAGUGCCUCCUGUACGUCCAACAAAGAGAGUUUGCUGCAACGACACCAGCAGAUAAUUGUGUGUCGGUCAUUGGAUCAGAUGAUGCCACCACCUGCCAUUUGGUUGUGCUGCGACACACCGGAAGUGGAGCAGUUUGCCUCGCUCACUGCGAUGGUUCCAGCACUUGGUCUGAAGUCCCGCUCCUUGUGAAAGCUGUCACAUCUCUGAGUAACGUCUGUAAGGAGGGCAGACUUGAGCUCCAUCUUGUCGGGGGAUUUAACGAUGAUUCAAAAACAUCCCACAAACUCAGCCUUAACAUACUGGCUGCCUUCCACAAACAGAAAGAGGAUAUUCAUCUGGAAACAUGCUGCAUCACAGAAAUGAACGACAUUGUUGUUAAUGGAAGACACAAACCUGUAUUAUAUGGAAUAGGUGUAAAUGUUAAAACAGGAGAAGUGUUUCCUGCCUCAUUCACCUACAAAGGGCCUGCAGAGGAGCUGCGAGCAGCACGGACCUUCACAGGUGGACAGAUGGCUGACAUAUACGAUUCAUGUAAAGGACUCGUUAAAAUCGGCCCGUGCAAGUGGUCUCCUAAUCUGGAUAUUGCCUUCUGGUUGUCACAAAAUGAUGACACAAUUUUAAAGUACCUGUCCACCUCUCCGAUGGCUGAGCCACCACACUUUGUCCAACACAUGAAAUCCACCAUCCAGUUUCUUUUGGAACACCCCGACUCUGACAGCCUGUUCCCAGGGGGUCAGCCACAGCUCUACCACCGGAGUGAGAAGGAACACUGGGAGAGGGUCAGCCAGUCAUAGAGGCCAGCCUCCCUCUGAACCUUAACAUGGGACGUGACUAUUUAUGCCUCUCAGCUCAAUGGAUGCACUGUGACCCCUCUCACCCUUUGUUUUUCGUUCAUUUUGUCUUAACACUAACCUUUGACUGGACCUAUCAACAUUUGAAUAGCUCUCCUGACUCAUCUGGCUGGUCCAGUAGAGGGAACAGAGGAGGUGAUUGUGUUUAUGCCUCUAACAGAUCAUUUCCACUCUUAUGAGGUGGCAUAAAGUCUGCACUGUACACCACCUGCUGUGUUGGAGUAAGUUGAGGUUGAAGUCCUUCUCAGUUUUGUCUUACUGUAUGUUCAGUUAAAUAUAUAUAUAUAUAUAUAUAUAUAUAUAUAUAUAUAUUUAGCCCACAAAGGACAGCUGGUUUUCCAAAGUUCACUGUUUACUUAUAGUGUUAAAUUAACUUGACAUUUGAUUGUCAUUUAUUGUGUUGCCAGAAAAUCUGAAAAGGGGAAUCAUGUAAGCAGUAAAUAUGAUGUUGUGAAUAAGAGCAAAGAAUUCUAUGAAUUACAGAAAAACAUUUCCUAUACAUUACCAGAUGAUAAUAUAGCUUGAAAAAAUACAAAUAACCUGGGUGAUUGACAGAUAGACUGUUGGAAAGUAAUCUAUAAACAUAUGCUUUGGAAAUCUAUGCAUGGUCUGUAGUUUAUGGGCUACAACUUGUACAUUAAAACAUCUGUAUUGCUCUUAUGCAUCUAGCUUGACCUACUGGUGAGGAAAUGUUCCAGGUGGGGAAACUACUGCAGCAACAAAAAAAAAAUUAUUUUGGCACUUUGUUUAAAACAGAAUACAAAUUCUACGAUGUUGACUCGCAAAACAAAGUUUAUUUUUCUCUACAAAUGCACCUUCCUAAUGAGAGUGGAAUAUGAUACUCUACAUACUGCUGUACACUUGGCUAUGAAUGUGUAUGUUUUAGGAACUGCAUGUGUAUCGUAAUCUCCAGCAAGGGGUGACAUGGUUUUUUGCUGAAUGCAACAAAAUAGGAUUUUACCAGUGUUACCUAUUUUGAACCAGUUAAAAUUAAAUAAAUGGCCUUUUCAUCAGUUGUGUUACAUGAGAGGUUGUAAGGUGCUCAAAGCAUCCAGUUUAACUUGUCACAACUUGUGAACAAAAUGUACCUGUUACUAAAUAAAUGUCAAUGAUCAAAUCUG